CCACACUUCGUCCAUUACAAUAACUCUUUCAAAACAAGACAACAUCUUUAAUUCCACCAAAUUCUUUCUCUCUCUUUUCCAACUGUUGUUGUUGUUGUUGUUUGUUGAUGGCUACGAUGUUUCAGGAUGAUGGAUCAUCGUCGGUAACUUCAUCGUCUCUCCAAGGAUUUACGACCAUGUCUACAACAACAACAGCUUCACCCACUUUACUAUUAUCAUCAUCGUCGUCGUCUUCGUCGCCAUAUCCAUGGCUCAAAGAGCUCAAAUCAGAAGAACGAGGCCUAUAUCUCGUCCAUCUUUUAGUCGCCUGUGCAAAUCACGUCGCUUCAGGUAGCUUCGAGAAUGCUAAUAUCGUCCUCGAUCAAAUCUCCCAACUCGCGACCCUAAACGGAGAUACCAUGCAGCGAAUCGCUUCUUAUUUCACCGAGGCUUUGGCUCAAAGGAUCCUUAAAUCAUGGCCUGGAAUCUACAAGGCACUCCAUUCAACCAGAAUGACCAUCGCUUCAGACCAAAUACAUGCCCAUAAACUCUUUGUUGAAUUGUUCCCGUUUUUAAAGGCGGCUUUUGUCGUCACCAAUCAAGCCAUUGUUGAGGCUAUGGAAGGGGAGAAAGUGGUUCAUGUCAUCGAUCUCAACGCGGCCGAGCCUGCACAGUGGCGUGCGCUUCUCCAGGACUUGAGUGCUCGUCCUGAAGGCCCGCCUCACUUGAGAAUAACGGCGAUUCAUCAAUACAAGGAUGUUUUAGAUCAAAUGGCUCAUAUUUUGAUGACUGAAGCAGAGAAGUUAGACAUCCCCUUUCAGUUCAAUCCCAUUCUCACCACUCUGGAAGAUCUAGAUUUCGAGAAGCUCCGUGUUAAAACAGGGGAAGCCCUAGCCAUUAGCUCGGUUCUACAACUCCACACCCUUCUCGCCGGAGAAGACGAGAUUGAACAGAAAUCUACCUCCCCGUUGAUGCAGCAAGUAAGCCAAGGUACUUUACGGGAGUUGAUGAAGGAAGACAACGGGUCAGGAUCCGGACCCGGAUCCGGGUCGGUUACGUCGACGAAAUGUGACGCGUUCCUAAGAUCAUUAUGGGGGCUGUCACCAAAGAUAAUGGUGGUGACAGAGCAAGAUUCGAACCAUAACGGUUCCACUCUAAUGGAGAGAAUGAUGGAAUCAUUGUAUUUCUAUGCAGCAUUAUUUGAUUGUUUGGAGUCGACUGUGCCGAGAACAUCUGUGGAGAGGUUGAGGGUGGAGAAGAUGUUGUUAGGGGAAGAGAUUAAGAAUAUUAUAGCAUGCCAAGGAUCGGAGAGGAAGGAAAGACAUGAGAAGUUACAGAAAUGGUUUCAAAGGAUGGAUUAUGGAGGUUUUAGUAAUGUGCCGUUAAGUUAUUAUGGAAUGUUGCAUGCAAGGAGGCUACUUCAGAGCUAUGGAUGUGAUGGCUAUAAGAUUAAGGAAGAGAAUGGAUGUGUGGUUGCUUGCUGGCAGGAUAGAUCCCUUUUCUCUGUAUCUGCUUGGAGGUGUAGAAGAUGAACUUACUUCUGUUUAGAAAUAACUUCCUUUUUUCUUGUGUGUGUUUACUCUUCCUUCUGUAAGAAAGAUUCUCUGCUUCUAAGAAUCUAAACUUGUGUGGAUGUCCUAUAAUAUAUACUUUCUGCACUUGACAAAAUACAAAUGAGCUAACCAUUUGACAA